GGAGGAGGAGACCGAGGGUUGCACCGCGGUGGCAGUUCUCCAGGGACGGGCUGGCGGCGCUUUCCCCGCCUCCUUUUCCUUCCCCUCCCCUCGAGAGGUUCGAGCCGUGCGCUUCCCACUUCCGCCCCUCUGCCAUUGGAACGAGCGAAGCCGAGCAAGUUGCGGACCCAGAGCCACCUCUGCGGCACUCCCCCACCUCCUCGUCUUUCUCUCCCUUCUCUUCUUCCCUGGCUAACGCCAACUCCGCAGGCCUCGCCACCGCAGGAGCGCACAGCCCACGCCGCUGCCGACAUGAGCUUCUUGUUUGGUAGUCGCUCCUCUAAAACAUUUAAACCAAAGAAGAACAUACCAGAGGGUUCUCACCAGUACGAGCUCUUGAAGCAUGCAGAAGCCACCCUUGGCAGUGGCAAUCUCCGGAUGGCCGUGAUGCUUCCUGAGGGCGAAGAUCUAAAUGAGUGGGUUGCAGUGAACACUGUGGAUUUUUUCAAUCAGAUCAACAUGCUUUAUGGAACAAUCACAGAUUUCUGUACAGAGGAAAGUUGUCCAGUGAUGUCAGCCGGACCAAAGUAUGAGUAUCAUUGGGCAGAUGGAACAAACAUAAAGAAGCCAAUUAAGUGCUCGGCACCAAAGUAUAUUGAUUACUUGAUGACUUGGGUUCAGGACCAAUUGGAUGACGAAACAUUAUUUCCUUCAAAAAUAGGGGUCCCUUUUCCGAAGAACUUCAUGUCUGUGGCAAAAACUAUACUGAAACGCCUCUUUAGGGUUUAUGCACACAUUUAUCAUCAGCAUUUCGACCCUGUGAUUCAGCUUCAGGAGGAGGCACAUCUGAAUACAUCUUUCAAGCACUUUAUCUUUUUUGUCCAGGAAUUCAACCUAGUUGACAGAAGAGAACUUGCACCACUCCAAGAACUGAUUGAGAAACUCACCUCAAAGGACAGAUAAAGGAUGCAGAACUAUUCCUCAAAUGCAGUUGUGUGGAGUUAUUUAGAUUUCAUUGUAUUUUAUUUUUAUCUCAGUGGCUUUGUCUUAGUUUGGGGGGGCUUGUUUGCAUUCUUUUCUUCUUUAUUCUGAAUAAAUAAAAUUAUAUUCUAUUGUUAGAGGAAGCCAAGAAUCAUUCUCUAUACAUUUGAUAGGGGUAAAUUUUAGUUUUAGUGGCAUAUGGUAUUUUUUUUAACUUGGUUUUGGCUACUUGUGGAAUUUCUGAUAAUAUGUGUUGAAAGAAAAUGCGUAUUGAUUGGACUGCUGAUGGAUGGGGUUCUGUGUUGUGUAAAUGGUGGCCAAUUUUUGAAGUCCCCAAAAGACUUAUGUUUUUAAGUGCCUUGGCAGGCUCACUUCUGAGGUGCAAAGCACAGACAUAGAACCAAACAGGACUUGAAACAAUAUUAGGAUUACUACCCAGGGCACUCACUGAUUUAUGUUUUAAAAUAUCUAUGCUAAAAGCCAUAGUUUACCUAAAUUGAUAAUUUCCAGCUUUUACUACAUUGAGAAAACACAAUUAAUAAAGUUGUGCAUAUAGAACAUAAAAAAAUUAGUAUUUCUUAAUUUUUUAUAUUAAUAGUAAUUCUGUUCAACAAAUGCUUCAAGUUUUAUAAGCAGGCCUUUUUCCAUCUCUUGAUAUCUGUGAUACUGAGACUUGAGGAUGUUGAAAUGCAAUACCUAUUGCAUUUUGUCUUCUUUCAAUAUGCUAACUGCACUGUAGAUGUGAAUAUUCAGGUUAUAUACAGGUUUGCCAUCUUCAGAGGUGAUGCUGAACUGUGAGGUUUCUUAAUAAUUGCCAAAUGAGCCAUAAAUCUGCAGAAUCCCCUUCUACUAUGAGGAAGCAGGGAUAGGGGGUGUGUUUUGUUGCUGGGGGUGGGCACGGUUAGUUUGUAUGGGGAGUUGGGAAUGGAAUUAAGUAUGGGAAAUCAAGUUUCAGAAGGUCCUAUCUUAAAACCCUUGAAUAGAAUGGCAUGAAAAUUUUAAUCAGUUUCUUAUAAGCAGAGUCUCAGAGACUUCUUUUUUAGGAAUCAACUUCCAUGAGAAGUUAAAAAUAAAUUACUAAUUUUAGGUAUAGAUAUUAAAUAUGGGAUUCAAGGACUCUUUGGAGAAAUUGACCACUUUUCAGCAUUUCCAUUCAGUGAAUGGAGCUGGUGUUUGCCUGUCAUUUUUAAAUGAUAAGUAUAUUCUAGGCCCAACUUGAAGCAUUCUGACUUCUGAUUUUCACUGUGAAAGGAAAUACUUUUUGCAGUAAUAUCAAACAAUGAAAGUGCUAAUUCAGUAGUUAUUAAGUUUAUUUUAUUUUCCAUGACUGUCUAGUGAAUUAUUCCCAAGUUCUGAAAAUUAGUUUUUAAAAUAAAUAUUAACAUUUUCAAUUCAGUUUUAUUCUUGAGAUAUAUAUUUUUCAGACUUUGUUUUAAUUUUGUCAUUCCUGGUAAAUCUGCAUCCUUCAUUUAGAAAUAUAUACUUUUUCCCUUGUAGAAGAGAAAUCUUGCUCUGAAAAUACCUAGAAAAGACUCUAAAAUGAAAUCAUUUUGUUUUUGCUGUUAAUAAGUAGGGCAGUGAUACCAUUUAAUGCCAUUCAAUUGUGAUCACUAGGAACUGCUUUGUUCUCCACUUUAUUGAUAGCAGUCGUUCUCCAAGUACCAACAGUAGAAGUUAACAGGAGGGACAGGCAGGGACAAAUACAUUGAACAUUCAUUGGUGAUAUUUAUAAAUAGCAGUGAGAACUAUCUGGUUUCCUUAAAAAAAUCUUUUAGUAUCCAAAUAUGUAAGAUCAACCAUUAUGGGUUGAUUCAAAAAUAAAAUUCGGCAUCAAGUUAUUGGGGUCUUAUCUGUUUAGGAAAAUGAAGCAAAUGAUUACUCAAGUAGUCUUUCAUAGUGCAUUUGACUUUGGAUCAACCUCGAAAUAAAAGUGUUGCAAUGGCCAAGUGUAGAGAGAAUAGUGAAAAAUUGUUCUUGCUCUUUAAGCCUUAUACAGUACACUGUAAAAAUGCAAAAAAUGUUUCUAUAGGUUAAUGUUUAGUAGUAGGACCUACUGUAUGUAUAUACCAGUAUACAUACAGUAUAUACAGUGGGACCUACUUUCCCACUCUAUGUAUAUAGGAGUUUGUUGUCACUGUGCCAGAAUCUCAGGUGCCUGCUUCUGAGUAUUCCUUUAAACAGAGUUAUUGGGAAGUAAUGAGUUAUGUAUGUGUAUAUAUGGUAACCAAGUAGGGAAGUUCUCCCAGGGAGAGACCUGGCAUUGUACAUGCUGUUACAUGGCUACAAGUAGGGAAACAUUCACCAGAGCAUGUGAGAAAUAACUGAUUUAAUAAAAAAAUUGCUUUGAUUCACUCAGUUAUCAUGAGCAUUAGUGAGAUAUAAGGAUCAAAUCUUGGCUCUGCAGCAGAACUUGCUUAUAACUGCUUAUUGGAUUAUUUCCAGAUUUCUUUAUUAAGUUUAUAAAUAACCAAGAUAAGGAUUUUCCCCCUGUUCUUUGUACAGAGUUGUAAAACAGAAGUUGGCUUUCUCAUCUGCUAACAAAAGCAUAUCAAACAAAGUAGUAAGUUAACAUAGUAUUAUUUUCACAAUGCUUUGGUUAAAUGUUGAUAUGAAGGAAGUUUCAGGAAUUAUUUUAAGUGAUGGAGUAAUGGUGUUGGAGAGAAGUUAACAAAGUGAAAGUCUUUAGGUUAGCAGUAGAUGGUGCUACUACUGGCUUUCAUUUGCUGACUUGAUUACUCUGUUUCUUAUAAAACCCAUUGCAUUAAACUGCACUAAAACAGAAGCAUGUAUGUAAACUAACUGUUUGGAGGUUAGUUUAUCUUAAAUUGAAAGAUUUUUAGAUUGCUAUUGCUUUUUACCGUUGUCAUUUGGAAAUUCUAAAUGGUCGGCAUAAAAUGUAUUUGGUUGGAGAUGACAUGUUCAGUGUGCAGUGUAUCUCAGACUGAAUUACGGCCUGUUUUAUCAGGAAGGAUAAAGCACUGCAAUUGCUUGUAUUCAGAAGUACAGAUGAUGUGGAUAUUUAUAUUUUACAUUUAAUCUACCAGACUCCAUUUUAUGUAUUAGCAUUUUCCUUGCUUAUGGGAAAAUAGCAAAAUGACAGAUUUCUUUUAUACCUGUGUCUACACCCUCUCUGAGAGAGGUAUUGAUAACCACUGAAAUGGUAAGAUAAGUGAGAUGCAAUUACUAAGUUGUAGGACUUUUGAAAUAAACGUGUUAUACCUUAAACAUCCAAAUGAGAGUUGGUCUUCAGGCUUGUUCCUUUGGGAGCGCUACUCACUCCAUUUGUGCUGCAGUGGUGUGGAGUUUCGGGAAUGCUUUCAAAGGGGCCUUGAGGACCAUUUUGUGACUAUGCAAGAGGAUCUAUUUUAGCAUUUUAGUUGCACCAAAAACUGUUUUUGGCAAAUAAUGUGACCUGUCUCAUUCACCAAACUGUCUCUGCUUUGCUGUUUUCUUUUCUUAGUGCUAAACUAUUAGAGAAGUUCAGAAGAAUAUGCCAUAGGUUCUGAAUUUGCAGAAGAGAAUGUUUUGAGCAUAGGUAGCAUCAUUUAAUAAAUGUCACUACUUUGAAGUAGACUAUAUCAUUUGGAUGUAUAGGAUUUAUUUUUUUUAAUUUAGUUGAAUUAUUUUUCAGUUAAAUACAAUAAUAAAAAGUCAAAGUCCUUAUCUUAUUUUGUUUUUUGGUCCUUUCCCUGAUAAUUCUUGAAUUCCAUCUUGACUACUGUAAAAUUGUUUUGAUUGAAGGAAACAAAAAAGUGGAUCCCAUAAUUAAAAUAUAAGUAGUCUAAGGAAACAACAGCCUUUACCUCCAUUCCUUUUUUAAAAAAAUUUUCACCCAGAUGAACAAUUUGAAUUUAAAGAACAGAGAGCAUUUUACAAAGAAAUUGGAAUAAAUUUUAUAUAUUAAUUAGGCUGAGUUUUAGGCCUACAUAUCAUUGAUAAAAUAAAUAUUUAAAAUUUUAUAACCAUUUCAUAUAUCACUUAAAACUUUAACAUUGUGAAUGUCUCUUUAAAAGAUGUGGGACCAGAAGUCUAUUUAUAAUUUGAAAAUGUGUCUGCAUACCAGGAAGAAAAACUUUAUUUUGAAAUUUAUCUGGAAUAUUAAAGAAUAUACCAAUUCUUAGAUAUCCUGUUUUAGACCUAUAUUUUAAGGACCAUUUCUAAAGUAAUUUAAAUAAGUUUUGUUAUAAUGUUAAAAUUCACCAUAGGAAUUAACUGUUGUUUAGCUGUCGUUUAGUGGUGUCUGAGAUACAUACUCAGAGGGAAAUCUAUCUCAAGCUUUAAUGAAAAAAUUUAAUUUUGAGAUGUAUUAACAAUUCUGACUGCAGACAAUUUGAAUUUUUAGGGUUUUCCUAAAGAGCUAAUCAAAUGGGAAGAAUUCAUUUGAAGCUAUAAAAGUGUGCCCCAUGUAUGCUAAUUUGUAGUUGAACUGAUAACAUAAACUUUGACUAAAGAGAGAAAAUGCAGAUUAAAAUACUGAGUAUUCUCAAUUUUGCUGGUGUGAUGCAAAUUUCUUUAUCUACGUAUAAUACUCUAUGAUGGAUAACUUUGGAUUUCACUUUUCAAAGAUCCAUAGUGAAGUCUCCAGGGCUUUCCCAGCUUUAUGUUUACUUGUCAUCCCCUUCUUUUUGGAGGCAAAUUACUUCCUUACUGCUGUUGACUUCUGUACCUCCCACCACCCCGAAACACACCCACUUGAAAAACAAAGCAGGCUGAUAAGUGCAGGUCUUCAUUGUCAGAGCUUCUGUGCUUGCUGUCAAUACUUAGGUUUUAGCGGAACUGUUGAAAAAUGCUAAUUCUAUAGGCAUUUGUUGUUGACAGCUUUCUUUAAAUAUGUAAUUGCAGUUGAGACCAUAAGUGAUAUAAAUUAAUAAUUUUUGUUAAUAUUUAAUUUCUCAUAUUAUUAUUAUUGUGUUUCUUACUGGUUUGCACAUUUUUCUCUUUUGUUUCUGAAAUACUUAACUGUGCAGUUUGUAAAAUAGAUUAGAUUAGUACAUUUUCAUUUUAAGAACACUUUUCUCCUUAAAUUAUUCUGCCAAGAUAACUAUUUUUAGGGGAAAUAGUUUUUUAAAGCCACUAAAUUGUAUUUGUUAUUUUUAUACAUGCAUAACUAGGGUGCUGAGUGCGCUAGUCUUGUGGGGGAACACUUAACUUCUGUUCUAGUUGAACAUUUCUAAUACAUUAUUACUUAAAAUUAUCUAGAAACAAUGUCAUGAAAUCUAGCUUUGAGGGCGAAUACAGUAUAGAUGAGAACACUUAAAAGUCUGAGCAGAAAUCGAUUAUGAGGACAAAAGCAGAAUACUGCCAGUGCCAUAGAAUGGAAGUCUAGGCGCAGUGUCGACAUUGUGCACGCAUUGCAGAGAAUGUAUACAGACAGGGGUCCUGCUCCAUCGGACACGGACAGUUUCUCAAUUAAAGUAGUUGAAAGGGAAAAGAGGCCUAAAAUAUGAAAUGUAACAUGGAUGCUGUGUUGUAAACUGUGCCAAAAUUACUCAAAUUGUAGUUAUUAUCAAAGUUUAACUGCUUUAUCUUUUUUGUUUUCAAAGAGGAUACUGAAUGUCUGAAAAUCGAUAACAUGUUUUGAGAGAUGUAAAUAAUGUAUACAGACUUGUAUGUGAUGGGAUGGGAAGAAAUAUUUAAAUUUAGGUUUUUUUUUAAAGGGAGAAAUGAUGUUUAUUACAAAAAUUAAUAAAUAGUUAUGUUUGGCCAUGAA